AUUGGUGAAAAGAUGAAAAUCUGUGUAUGAAAAUCUGUGUGUUUGUUGUUGCUGUGAAAAGAAAUGUAAGUGAAUUUUCAUUGUUGAUUUCUGCCAUCGAUGAAGUGCAUUGCAUCAGCCAGUUUGGAAAUGAUUUUCGUCCGGAUUAUAAAUUUUUAGGUGCAUUAAAGACAAUGUUCCCCGAUAUACCAUUUCUUGGUGUAACGGCAACGGCCACGACCAAAGUCAUUCUUGACAUACAGAAAAUGUUGAAUUUGCAACAGCCAGUCGUGUUGAAAGCGGAAUUCAAUCGACCCAAUCUAUAUUAUCACGUGAUGGAUAAACCAGACGAAAAGAAGCAAUGUAUUGAGCUGUUAGUUGAUCUUCUGACCAACCGAUAUGCUGGUAAAUCGGGCAUAAUUUAUGCGUUUUCAAUUGCCGACACCGAAGAAAUCGCUUCCGAAUUAACAAAAAGAAAUCUAAAUGUUCGAUAACAAUAGUGCAUCAAAAAUGGCUGUCGGGGGAGAUCCAGUGCGUAAUUGCAACGGUUGCAUUUGGAAUGGGCAUUGACAAGCCAAAUGUCCGUUUUGUUAUUCAUCACACAAUGAGCAAAAGCAUGGAAAAUUACUAUCAAGAAAGUGGACGAGCUGGCCGAGAUGGGAAGAGAGCCGAAUGCAUACUGAUGUACCGAAGUGCAGAUAUCGCGAGAAUUACAACAAUGGUAUUCACCGAACACACUGGCCUAAGCAAUGCCUAUCAAAUGAUCCAAUUCUGUAUCGAUGGCAUCAGCUGUAGACGUGAUCUCAUCAGUAGACAUUUUAUGGAUGUGUGGAGUAGUUCGGCUGUAUGCAACCGAAUGUGUGACCGAUGCAAUCACCAAAAUAGCAUAAAGCCACUGAAAAUGAACAUCACCGAACACUGUCUAGCCCUGUA